AUGAGUGCAACAGCAGCGCAAUGUAGCGAUACAACAAAUUCGACUUCUGAAGGUGAUGACGUUUACAUGUUUCAUGCAGCUCGACAAAAUGGUCGACGGAAUGCAUUACCAGAUCUGGGAGCACAGUUUACUCCACCUGAAACUACAAUAGGGAGCUGUGACGUUGAUCAAAUUACGCCACACUUUCAAACCAUGCUCAUUAAGCCAUAA